AUGUAUGCAAACUUGAAUGCUCCCUCUAUGGGCUCAAGAAGCCAGUCGUUAAUGGAAUCACAUGCUAUGCUCAGUAUUGAAGUCCUUUGCUCCCUCUUGGUCUAUGUUGAUGACCUUGUUCUUGCCGGCAAUGAUUUGAGAAAAAUCACUCAGGUUAAAGCUUUAUUGGAUGUCAAAUUCAAAAUCAAAGAUCUCAGUCAUCUUAAAUAUUUUCUUGGCUUUGAAAUUGCCAGGAGCAAAGAAGGCAUCAUGUUAUACCAACAAAAGUAUGCAACUGAUCUCUUAGAGCAAUUUGGCUUGACAAAUUUGAAAUAUGCCACAAAUUCUAUGCGCUACACUUUUCAUCUUUCAAAGUCAUCUAGUUCUCCUUUUCAUGAUUUGACUCCCUAUCAUAGACUUAUACGGAGGCUAUUGUAUUUGACCAACACUCGUCCAGAUAUUAGUUUUACUGUUAACUAA